AUGGUCUUGCGUCAGUUCUCAACUAGUUCCUUGGAGGCAUUAUGCGCAGAGGAGCACCUGGAGCUGCUAGAUUCUGUCGAUACUCUCCGUUCUCAGGGCAUCAGCCAUUAUAUCUCCCUUCCACAGAUAAUUGUCUGUGGAGACCAGUCCUCAGGCAAAAGCUCCGUGUUGGAGGCGAUAUCCGGUGUUUCGUUCCCAGUUAAAAGCAAUCUUUGCACCCGCUUCCCAACAGAGCUUGUCCUGCGCAAGAGCUCCCACAUUGGCGUGAAAGUAUCUAUUGUUCCUCAUCGCUCUCGUAGUCAUGUGGAGCAGGAUGCACUCUCGCGUUUCCACGAGGAGCUCGAGAGCUUCGAAGGACUUCCAACGCUGAUCGAGAAUGCAAAAGCUGCUAUGGGUAUAUUUACUCAUGGCAAAGCCUUCUCCAAUGACCUUCUGCGAGUCGAGGUCUCGGGGCCCGACCGUCCCCAUUUAACGAUCGUGGAUCUUCCCGGGCUGAUCCACUCGGAGACGAAGCUGCAGUCGGCCGCUGAUGUUGCCCUCGUUCAAGAUGUGGUUCAAUCGUAUAUGAAGGAGCCAAGGAGUAUUAUUCUUGCCGUUGUAUCCGCCAAAAACGAUUUUGCAAAUCAGAUCGUUCUGCGACUUGCGCGAGAAGCCGAUAGCUUUGGCCACCGAACACUUGGUGUCAUUACGAAACCUGAUACAUUGGUUGAGGGCUCGGAAAGUGAGCACCAGUUUGUUUCACUGGCCAAGAAUCAGGAAGUCACUUUUCGCCUCGGUUGGCAUGUCCUUAAGAAUAUGGACACGGAGAAAGGGAAUUAUAACCUUUCUGUUCGAGGACAAGAGGAAGCCGAGUUCUUUUCCAGGGGGAUUUGGGAAGACUUGCCACGGUCGCAUGUCGGCAUAGACACACUGCGACGACGACUCAGUAAGCUACUUCUCGGACAAAUUGCCACCGAGCUACCCAGCUUGAUCGAUGAGAUCCAGUCUAAAAUGGACCUAUGCGUUAAGGGACUCGAGAAACUCGGAGAACCUCGCGCUACCCUCAAGGAGCAGCGAUCGUACCUUCUCCAUAUUAGCCAAUGCUUUCAGACUCUCGUGAGAUCUGGUCUAGAUGGCAGUUACAAUAGCUCCUUUUUUGAGAGUGCCCACUCAGAAAAUGGAUAUCACAAGCGAAUGCGUGCAGUUAUCCAGAAUCUGAAUGAAGAUUUUGCGCAGCACAUAACCGAAAACGGGCACUAUCGUGACAUACUCAGCGGUGGGCAGCCGGGCACGAGUCAAUCAUCAUCAGCUGAACAGUUGUUUGUCUCUCGCAAGGAAUAUCUCCAGCAUAUCGAAAGGUUACUGCGACGAACCAGAGGGAGAGAGCUGCCUGGAACUUUCAACCCAAUGAUCGUCAAUGAUCUGUUUAAGGAGCAAUCCCAACCAUGGCAGAGAAUUGCGACUGCUCACGUCACAAAGGUCUGGGAUGCUACCAAAACAUUUAUUUGCGCGGCCGUUGCGGAAGUUAGUGAUAUGGCAACCUUGGGAGCGUUGUUGAAGGACGUUGUCGAGCCAGCUCUCAGUGAUCUCUUGCACAGCAUGGAGGCAAGGUUGACUGAAUUGCUAGAGCCGCAUCAAGCUGGACACGCGAUUACUUAUAAUCACUCCUUUACCGAGGAUCUACAGAAGGCUCGUCGUGAUAUAAUGGAGGACCGGUUCUCCCACGUUUUAACUGAUUUCUUCGGCGUACCCCAAAUUACAACAUCAACCAAUACCUACUACAACAACUACGACAACCCCCCGCAACAAGACCCCUUCGACGAUGACUGUUACUACAACACCAACAAGAAGAGAAACAAGAACAGAGACUUUAACCUUCGUAAACUUUUAGACUCGCUGCUCGAAUCCACUGAAACCGAUAUGAUCUGCUACGCCGCCCGGGAAGCUCUCGAUUGUACACUUGCAUACUACAAAGUUGCACUCAAGCGGUUCAUCGAUGGUGUCGCAACUGACGUGGUCGAAACUACCCUUACGAAGUCUCUCAAUCAACUGCUUUCACCAAUAGUAGUACACCAUAUGUCUGAUACAUCGGUCUCGCGUAUUGCAGGGGAAUCGAAGGAAAAUCGCGACUUACGCGAACAACUUUCCAAAAAGCUCGAGAUUCUAGAAAGUGGGUCGAAGACUUGCAGGAAGUUUGUCAAUAUCCAGGGGAUAAAGGAUCCAGCCCCUGAACCAGAGGUCGGCUAUGUGGACUCUGGCCUCUCACCAGUGGAAGGCAAGAAAACUACCGAAACAGUGAUGAGAGGCAAGGGGAAGAAGGGUAAGCAGAGCAAGAAAAAAACUAGUUCAAUGCCAUCUGAGCAGCUGGCGAAUCCUCUCUAG